UACUCGAUUUGAGAUUCUGGAUCGCCAUCUACGUACAUAUUAAUUCCAUUCUUGAUAGGAAUGGAUUAAUAAUUAAGGCGAUACAUCCUGCAUUCCAAGAAAAAUAUUGAUGGGUUGAUCACCUUAUAUACUAACGAGUUAAUUGUGUUACUACAUACACAAAGUUGUCGAGUAGAUUGAAAUGAAAAUUAAUCGAUUUAUGAAGUAAAAUAUUUUAUGGAUUGAUUGUAUACUCAAACUCGUUUGAGAUCAACUCUAAUUUUUGACUUAUUACAACCAAACAAAUUGAAUUGCUUAUGUAAGAUUUUACAAAGAUUUAAUUAACUCGACAUGAGUUCGAAACUAAAUCAUGAUCCGAAAUUCAGCUCGAAAUGAAAUAAACUAAAUAUGAAAUCAAAACACAGAGGAAAACCACAAAACCAAACCCAAAACACGAUUGAUUUGGCUCGGUCUAAUUCAAUGUCAUUUCUAUCCAUCCAUUUCUUUGUUUUUAGUCAUCCAACAAAUACAAAACACAGUCUUGUUUUAUAUGUAAAGAAUUAAAACCGUAUUAAGCCAUACAUUUCGUUUGUCACUCCAUUUCCUCCUCUUUUUUUUUUUUUGUCCUUUAUAAUCUUCCCUUUUCUCUCCCUCCACCGGCCGUUUUAAAUUUUCCUUUGUAGUUUCCCCUUUGUCCUUGCUACUCUGCCGCCAUGAAACCAAAGCUCUGCCUCUAUUUCGCGACGGCGACACUAGCCGUCGCAAUCUCCUCCUUGAUAUUACUCCUCCCACCGAAUCUCAACAACUACGGCCGUCAUCUAAUUAACUAUUAUUAUAAUAAGCCCGCCGGCGAUCGUGAUAAUACAGCCGGCCGCCGGCGGAUCGAGUUCCUGCCGCUCGACGACGGGUCAGUGGGGCCGGAGAGUUUCGCGUUCGGCGGCGGAGGCGUAGGCCCGUUCACCGGCGUGUCGGGCGGCCGGGUGGUGAAGUGGGUGGAAGAAGAACGGCGGUGGAGCGAGUUCGCCGUCACUUCUUCUGAGAGAGAGGGAUGCGACGGGCUAGAUCCGCCGCAGCAGGAAGAGAUGGAGCCCAUUUGCGGCCGACCGCUAGGAUUGAGUUUCCGCGAAUCCAACGGUGAUCUCUACGUCGCUGACGCGUACAUGGGAUUGCUUCGCGUGGGGCCACGAGGCGGGUUGGCCGAUCGGAUGGUGACACGUGUCGACAAUACCCCUCUCGUCUUCACCAACGGCUUGGAUACUGAUCAGUCAUCCGACGUCGUUUACUUCACAGAUAGCAGCUCUCGGUUCCAGAGAAGGAUGCACUUAUUGAUUGUCAUCACUGGGGACAGUUCAGGGAGAUUCAUCAAGUACGACCCCAAAACUCAACAGGCGACGGUUCUGGCAAGCGACCUAAUGUUCCCAAACGGCGUCGCAUUGAGCCACGAUGGCAAGUCCGUACUGGUAGUGGAAACGACCAAUUGCAGGGUUUUGAAGUAUGGGCUCCAGAAUGGGGAGAUGGAAGUGUUUGCUGAAUUAGAUGGGUACCCAGAUAACAUCAAGAGAAGCCCAACAAGAGGUUAUUGGGUUGGGCUCUACUCCAAGAGGACAACGUUGCUGAAAUGGUUGGUCUCGAUUCCAUGGAUUGGGAAAUCCCUGGUGAAAUUGGUGCCCUUGGGUGUGAUCAAGAGGGUGAAGUCCAUGUUCAUGGGGAGUGGGAAUGUUGGGUUGGGGGUGAGGUUGAGUGAGAGUGGUGAGGUUGUGGAGGUUUUCAACAAGGGUGGUGAUGGUGGUGAUGAUUGUUCCGAAGAGUUCGGAUCGAUCAGCGAGAUCAUGGAGAACGAUGAUGGCGAGUUGUGGGUUGGAUCUGUCGAAUCACCUUUUGCUGCUAGAGUGCAUUGAUUGUCACGUUUUGGUUUCGUUGUUGCUUUAUACUAUGUCGACGAGUGUGUAUAAAGGAUAAAAAAAAAAGAACUGUACAAUUAAACUAAUCUAACCCUAUCAACAUUCAGCUCUAACAAUGUCAUCUUCAAAGGUCACAUCAUCUUCUUCUUCUUCUUCUUCUUCUUCUUCUUCUUCUUCUUCUUCUUCACUUUAGCAGGCUUCAUCUCUUUCUUCCCUAUCCGACAUUGUGCACGAUACUAAAUAGAUAAAGAAUUAUGUGAAUUUAGAAGGAAUAUGUCUCUUAUUAGUACAAUUUUAAUUUCUCGUAAAGUCAAGGUUAACAUUAUCAACAGUAAUUACUGUAUAGAUUAUGUUCCGAAUGUAUAGAUUGCAAUCACAAAAUAUAGAUGAACUUCAAAUAUGCCUAGUGUAAAUUCUUUUACCAUUUUUCUUUUAUUUGAAUACAAAAUCGAGAUCAAGCCCAGAAAAAAAAAAUCAUAGGUAUGAGCCCAUGGAACAUAUCAUGUUCAAGUAAAGUCAUAGAAAAAUGAUUAGAUUGAUUAACUAAACAACAUAAGGGAAGAUAAAAAUGGGAAACAUGAAUGAGGUACGUCCGGAAAAAAUGUCCCAUCAUUUGUUCAUCCCAAGCUUCUCUUUAGUGGCAUCUACAGCUUCCUGUGCUUUGAGAACCAGCCUGCACAACGAAAAAAAACGUAUAAAAAAACACUCAAAUGUAUUUAUAUGAGGAGUCAUCUUAGAUGGAAGACCUGAUGCAAAAAGGAGAGCACCAAGAACCUCUCUUGUUGCCAAUCCUGAAGGACGACAAACAUCAAAUCAAUUCGUCUGUUGAGAGUUGAGAAACUGGUCAUAGUGAUGCAAACAUGUACAUCGAGUUCUCUUGCAUUAGAAGGAUAGAUUCUCCGAAAUGUUGAUGCCGAAAAUUAUUUGUCUUCACGAUCUAGGGGGGAUUUUGUUUUAGUUUCCAAGAGUUUUUUUACGGGAAUCACAAAGUUGGCAAUUAGUAUUCACUUAACCUAGAUGUACAAAUUCUAUUUAUUGUAUAAAUAAUGCCAAUUUUUUGUAAUUAAGUUUUGAGUUCCAUAACCAUAAGUAAACCGUAUGGCUCUACUCACACUUCCAGAUCAGUGUACAUUCAAGCUAAUCCGAGAAGGUUAAGGAAUAGGAUGUUCUCGGGCCGGGUAUGUAGUGGCGUAGGAUCUGGGCCCGUUACAGAUUGUGGCAAUAAUGGACUGGGCUUUUGUUUCAUUAAUGUUUUGUUUGCGGAAAAGAAAAGGGCUUUAUCCAA